AUUGGCUCACAGGUCAACCACAAGCUACGCCAACGGGCAGAGACAAGAGAACCGGAUUCGGAGAGGUUCCAGCGGCUGGCAAACUCUGUAGAGGAAUUUAUUUUCUGUUUACUGGAUCCGCUUAAAACCGACCCUGACUGGUGUAAGGAAUUUGGAGAAAAAUAUCUAGAUGGCUUUUUGAACUAUGCAAUUGAAUUCGAGCAGAAAAAGGUAGAGUGAAAGAAACUGUGAAAUUUAUUAACAAAGGCAAGUUUUAACCCAUGACAGAUAGCCAGCUUGUAAUGAAUAGGCGUGGAACCUUUGCCUUGCCUUUGUGAUUUAAAAUUAUCGCCCUCUACCCCGCCAAAUAUUACUGAAAAUGCAGAUUUAUACAAAUAUAAAGAAAUUAAACAUUAUCCACGCUUGAGGAGUAAAAUCAGUUUGGACAAAGGUGAAACAAAAGUAGCUCUUUUUGGUGAAAAUGGCUUGACUUCAUAUCGUUUAUGACGUAAUAUCUCGCAUCUGACUAGAAACCAAUGUGUAGUGCGCUCGAAAACAGAGUUCUGGGGCAGACUUUUUAGAAAGAAAACUUUUAAUGAGGGCAAAGUAUGAGCUUGAUGUAAAAACUGUAAAAGAGGGCAAAGACUGAGCGUGAUGUGUUGAUGCGCGCGCUACGAUCGCUGCAAUCGCUGCUAUCGCUGGAGAGUGGUUUCCAUAUGAUCCCUGCGAUCGCUGACCUUUUUCAGUGAUCGCAGCGAUAGUAGCGAUCAUAUGGAACCAGGCUAAAGGAGAAGUGGUGGUGGUGGUGGGGGUGAGGUUGGUGUUGUGUGAUUGACUAGGGAAACGUCAUCUUCUCAAACUCGUUUUCAAAUCUGCUAUUUAAGGUGGCUGAACACAGUUUUACGGACGGUCAGCGGUAACUAGCGUGACUGCGCGUGUUUAAAUUAGACAAACAAACAUGGCGGCGAAAAAGCAAUGGUACACAGAAGACGAUUUCUGAAAAUCUUCUCAUUAAAAUUUUGUGAUAUUUGGCAGAGGUUUCACUUUUAUUGUAUUUUAAAUAAUGAGAACUUUAAAAUGGAAGUUGAACAGACGAAUUUUGUGACACAUUUAAUAAUUACAGUACCAUUAUAUUAUUGACUAUCUAAAAUCCCGUCUGUUAGAAUUUGAAAUAAGUUUUAAAUGGUAAUGAUUAAUUAUAGUAAGCUGUGUGCAAGUUUAUAGGAAAAUCUAAUGAGCGAAUUUUAUGUAAACUGAGCAAAAGUAAAAUUUUAAGGCUGUAUUCAAUUCAACAUUGUUGGGGCCGCGCACGUUCAUCACGCAUGGUUUACAAAGACUUAUGGGUUGUAUCCUUCGCACGAUGCACUGCAGGUCCCAGCAUUGUUGGGAGUUGUUGCAUCCGUUUGCACACCACUGCCAACAUGCACGCAACAACUCCCAAGCAUUUUUCGUUGCAACAGCUCCAAAAGAUGGGGCGCUACGGAGUUCCCAGAACAAGGUGUUUACAAUAAUACGCCAACGAAACAAUGAUUGACCCAAACAAUGCCGCCAUUCCUCAAAAAUAGAGGUUAUUGUUGGCAGUCAACAUAAGGUGACACUAAUCCGGUCCCAAAUAAAACGUUUUCUUUCUCCUUUGUUGACAGUUUUUCACCCAUCCAGCUGUGCACAGUGAAUUGAAUCGUAAGUGGCGUGGUCGCACUUUGGAAGAGUGUAAAUCUUGGCAGCUUAAUUUCUUCAAGUUUUGGUGUCUUUUUGACCUUGCUUUGUCUCCAAUCCUACUUGGUCUAUUUUCUCUACGAAAUCACUGGACAGGUACAUUGUUUUGAACAGUUUCUGUGAACUGGGUAAACCUUAAUUAGAAGUCAGUUAGUUGUUGUAUUAAUGCUGAUGAUUUCGUCCGUGGCUUUUACUGACUAGAAUUGUGGGAAUGAAAUCUAAUAGUCCAACCGUGCUAAUAGUAACACAACUGAUUGCAAAAUCUGCCAUUACGGCGACCUAGGUAACUAUUUCAGGUUUCAGUAUAGUUUACAAGUAGUUCAUAUUUUUAGCAUUUCUACAUUUCUAGAAAUGAUGUUGGGGUAGAAGAAAAAAAAUGAGGAAUUUAGUAGUUGGUCUUUUCAGGGAGGCAAAGACUGAUUAUAACACAAAAAUGAACCAAAUUCUUUGUGAUCCUGCAAUUCCUUCCAAAAAGUGGUGGGGUAUUGUGAAAUCUAUGUGUUACUCGGCUAUCCCAGCGAUUUGCAAAAGAGAAGUUUUUAUAUCUUUCCAAAAGAAAAUAGUUAAUGCUCUCAAUGAUUUCUUGAUGAGUCAAGCCAUGAGUGUACCAAAUAAUGACUCUGCUGAAAUUCCAUUCGUCACUUUUUAUCUUCUUUUAACAUUUCAAAAGCUAGUGGUUGCGAAGCAUAAGUAAUAAGAUAGUUAGACUAUGCAGGGUGAGUCUACGUAAGCCGUUCAAAAGUUUAAUCAACACUUCAUUUCGGCAUGGACAAUAUCCGAGUGCUUGGAAAUUUGCAAAUGUUUUGCCGUUACACUUUUUUCCUAUAAGAAUAUAUUUAUAAGAAUAUCGAGGCUGAAAUGGGCAAAAUUUUGAAAAUAUUUUAAGAAUGAACCCGAGGAUGAGAUUUUGAAAAUGGUAUAAUUUUAUUUGUUGAAAAUCCGUUUUUAAAAUAGAUUUAUGUGUGGCCCACUCUUCAUCUUUGAAUCUCUCAUACUUAAACAAAUCGAUCUUUAUUGUAAAACCAUUAGAACACAUUGAUUUCACUUAGACUAAAAUUUAUCAUCAUUUUAUUUUUUGGGCGAUCGGAAAAAAUGUCACCUGACAAUAACGUCACAAUGGUUUAAGCUCUAAAUCGAAUUUCAGCCCGUCAUUUUCAGCAUUUUAUUUUGAAAUGCUUUACGCUACUUAUUCUUUGGAUGACUGUCUUCUGCUGUGCGAAGUUUCACAAAAAUCUAUAAGAUGAAUUUCGAGAUACCUUGGGAUUUCUACAAAAAGCGUAUAAAUUAUACAUGCACUGAAGACUGCAUAGGCGUACGGGCAAUUUUUUGCCAGAGGGGGCGGUAAACCAUUUGCCCAAAAAAUUAUCGCAAGUUGCCCAAAUUUUUAGUAGUCUACGAAAAGAAACGAGGGCCAUACUUUCCAACAACAUGGGCAUACUGGCAUAUGAAGGUGGCUAGAUACAGUUUUUCAGGGUCAAUACCUUCCAAGUGUGAGCGUAAACUAUGUCGCCAUAAACAAACAUUUAGAAAAAUACCACCAGUUGUAUUAGAUACAGCCCAAUGAAAUUUGUCAUGAUCAGGGUUGCAAUGGCAUCCGAUUGGAGUUGUUAUAGCAACAAAAUGACGCCAUUACCUACCGCCAUCACUUGCAGCAAUAUUUUUUGGCACCGGGAACUGUUCUUACAAAAUCGUUCACGGGAGCUUUUUUCUCCAAUACGGUCGCCUCAUGAAGUUCAAGCGGAAUCUGUAAGAGCUAGCGUUAUCGAGAUAUUUUGGGAUGAAGAUUUUAUCGUUAGAAAAUUGAUACGGUAAAAAAAGGAAAAUCUUGAUGUUUUGCCAUUAUCUGUAGAAAAAGAGGCGUUUUUGACCAUGCAAUUUCACCUCAUAGUACGUAGUUUUAAUAUUGUUAAAAACACUUGUGAAAGAUCGUGCCGAUUGCUACAAAGAAGGAUUUGAUAAUUAUGUAUCGAGGCGCUCUUGUUAAUGGUUUUGUUAACAUUUCGGUCUACUUUAGCAAAUUAGCGAAUAAUGUUUAGACCGCUCGACAGUUUUUUUUUUAAAAAAAUUAGUAUUCUUUUUGUAAUUCAAACCGAGACUGAGAAUUAGUCAGCCUCUUCUUCAUUUUCAGACCUAUUGCUAAUGCUAUCUGCCGUACACUGUUGAAACUUCCUUCACUCCGACACUAGCACAGGGUCUGAAUGGCCACGUCGGCAUUUCUAGGAGUGGAGAUGACUCUAGAAAGUUAUGCGGAAGUUUUUUUGGAAAUAGCCCAUUCCAGAUAGCAGUACAGUGCCCAUCAAUAAAAAACUACAUAAUAUAGUACGAAUUGUAAAAGGAACAAAGUCCAACACCUUCACGUGCAAAUUGUGUGCUUGAGUUAUUUUUAUAAUCCUGUUUAUUGAAUUACUGUGCGAUAACUCGAAUUCCCUCCCUCACUUUCACGUGCAAACUGGCUUUUCACAGUAAUAACAGUAACAUGAACGUAUGAAGACCACUUUAGUUUUGUAACUAGUGCCUUAAGUAAAGGCUCUUUUCUCCUAAGAAUCAAUAACUUAUAGCACUUUUAGAAUCAAGUCGUCAGAGUUAAAAGACUGUUUCAUUAAGUGGAAUCGCACGCGUGACAACCUCGUGAAUAAUGAUGAUGCAACCAUCUAAAACAAUAAUGAAAAUGGUGGCAUUUUUUAGCUAUUCGGUAUUCGACGAGCUUCAUUAUCUUACAUUGGAAGAAGCCAUGAAGAAACCUUGAAACAUUCGAGUCUUCCCCCUAAGCAACGUCUGGUGAGUUGAUAUUCAUAGCUUUUAACAGAUUGUUUAUUUUGCAACAGAUGUCGGAAGGAAAGACAAAGAGAGGUGAAUUUAUAGUAUAAGGAUCGACUCAGCUGUGCGCAGUAGUUCGUGUUUUCAUUAAUGUACAGCGAUGCCUAAUUUCGCGCAAAAAAUAGUCUUAGAACAGUAGAUUGAUGAUACCGUUACAUUGAAGCAUUCAAAAUAGCUCAUGCACGUAAAACGUGCCUAUGUUUGAAUCAUUUCAGGACGACGAGUCCCGCUAUUACCCUGAAAGUAUCUUCUGGUGAAAGAAAAAUAUUUGUCCUCUUCAUGGAAUGUGUCCAACUUUGUCCAUGCACCCUAUUUUGCGAACCAAGGAAAGUUGAUGUUAGCGACCGUCAGGUUAAGAAUUAAGGGCAGUAUGAGACUCAGAUAUCGAAAACCAAUCUUCUAAUUUUUCCCACAAAUAAAAGGCUUCUUGCGGGAACAAUCUACAUAAGGUUUCUUAUCAACCUAAGAGCAAUCUAUGGACAAAAAAAAUGAAAGAAAUUGAUUUUUUAACUCCUUUUUUUGGUGACCGGUAAGCAUCGAUCGAUUUCGCGUCACAUUCAACCUUUGACCUUUCUCCACUGCCUUACCUGUAUAGUUACGUUUCAUGCAUCACGGUUGUUUCGCCGAGCGGUGUAAAAAACGAGCGGGCUUGGUAGGCUUAUUGGUUUUAAGAACGCAGUAUACUACUGUUGACCGUACGUCGUUUUCUCAGUCGAGACGUUACUUUAUUGAGUCGACAAUAAUCUUGUCCACCACUCGUACUACUCGACACCUUUUCGCAGCGCCCCUUUGAGUGGAUUGCGGUAAUUCCAGUCGACAAAGCUUGCUUGUUAAUUCGACACAAUUUGCCUACCCACACGGGUUGAAAAACUAUUUUUCGUGUUGUAUCGAACCGACCGGUAGUACUUGACAUGACUGAUCAUUAAAAACCUGAAUGUUUUAGAUCGUUUAUCAGCUUAUCAGAUCGAGAGGUAGGCACAGAUGUCGUUUUCGGUAGUUCAUACCAACAUGAACAGUUUUUUUGGGAAACGUCUCAAAAUUUAAUUGUACACAAAUAAACAUUUUUUUGUUCUUUUUUGCAUUGUUUUGUUUGUUUUUAUACAGCCGCCGACGUGUAUCUGGCUUACCUGAAAUCUCCGUACUACAAGUUUUUCCGAGAUACGUUGAGCUAUAUAAUCAUGCUUUUGCUUCAUUACGCGAUCUGCUUAUCUCCGACAACUGUUGCGUUCAGUGGAUUAGAGUGGACCAUCCUCGUUUUCUACAUUGGUCGCUUUGUCGUAGAGUUCAAGCAGAUUUUGUGUAUUAAGAAGUGGUUAAGAGAAACAGAGAACGACACCCGUCAGUCAAACUGUGUCAGGAUAUUCUCAGUGUAUUGCAGGUAUAGAAAAGGAUUAAAUGAAUCCGUGCUUUUGACGUUGAUAAAAAUUUUAAUUAUGACUAGGCAAACCUACAAGCGGAGCUCUCAUAAGAAAGAAAGCAAUUAACGCUAUUAAAACACAGUAAUUGCAAUUCGCUAUGGGUAAAAUUACUAGAAAAAGUGAGUAAUUCAGCCAAACAAACUAUGAAACAAAUCAUUACAUUUUUGAAGUAAUGAUUGAUCUGAAAAAGAUAACAGAAAAAUGUUUCAUUUCUAGCCAGGAAUCAUAAGAAUGUUAGUUUACCUUAUAUUUUUAAACACUCAUAUCAGACCCAUUUCAAAUAGCGACUGGUUAAAACAGCUCAAAGAACCUUCUGUUUUUAUUAAAAUCCAACCGUACCUCAAUAGCUUUAGAGUUGCUCAUUAUAUAUAAACAUGAAGGAGUAACAAACAACCCAUCAAUUUUGAAAAGGGUCAAAAAGCUUAAUUAGAAAAACAACUUCCCCUCAAUGUAGAUUAACUAUUAUUUCUGAUUUUCAAGAAGUCAUAUAAAAUACCAUUAGCAAUUGGGCUGAGUACGAUGUGAAGAAUUAUACAGAAGAGGGUGUUAUUCAACAAGGCCAGAUAGUGUCUUCUAAACAACGUAUCGAAACACCUUAAAGGGGCUGUGUAACGGCUGUCUAGUUCAUUUUGCUAAUAUUGCCAAUUACACAUCCUUAUUCGGAUGGAACUUAACGUUAGCGAGGAAAUUACUUGCAAAUUACAAAAUCAUAGCCUCAUGUCAAACUGAACGUGUCUCCUAAGAAUUAAAUCAAACGUUACAAAAAACCUGUUGGGCUAAUUUGUUAGGCUAUCAAAAACCACAAUUUUCAAUCAGUCUCAGUCUUUUUCAAGUCUGUCCAUCCGUGCCUCCUUUGCAUUUGCUCUGUUACUUAUACCUUUGGUUCAUGUUCUGAGCUGUUUUAUUUUUUUCCUCUCAAUUUGGUGGCAGCUUCUACUGCAUAAUUUUUAUGAAUUUUCGUGAGACAGCUCCUUUAAAGCUCCUCCGUCUAUAAUCAAAUUUAAAAAUAAUCACUUAAGAUGAGUUUCUUUUUAACUUAGCCAAGUCUUAUCAAGGUCAGUGAGAGUGAUAAAUUCAUGUUUUUAUUUUGAUUUAGUGAUUGUUGGAACAGGUUUGACUUGACCAGCCUUGUAUUCUACUUCAUCAUACUGAUUUUGCGAAUUGUCACAUGGUUCAAUGACGGAUCAGCUGCAAACAACAGAGCCCUCGCUAUUGCUGGCUAUCUGUACAGCUUUAACACCUUGUGCCUUACUCUUCGAGCUUUUGGCCAGGUGAUGGAACAACCAAAAGAUGUUGGCACCAUCCAGAUCGCCCUGUUUAGCAUACUUAGAGAUGUGCGCACAGUCUUGUGGCAGUUUCUUGCGGUAAUCUUGGCAUUCUCCAUCGCUAUUACAAAGAUUUACAUGUCCGAGAGAUCGUUUAUCGCAAAUGAGAGUGUACGACAUAAAAUGUAAGGGUCCAAAUACUCGGGAUUUUCAACUUCUCUAAAUUCAUCGCGGCAUUAAGGUGGCUGAACACAGUCUUUAUUAGAUAGAAUUGCGCGCGCUGAUAAACUCCCCGACCCAUCUUUAUCACGAGAACAUAUGCAGCCAAUGUGAUUUUCAAGAAAAAAAAAUACCAGGAUAAGGUGCGAAAAAUGCCCAGAAGUUGUCUCUAGAAAUUUAUUCUGUUUUCGUCACUUUGUCACAUCGCGUGAUCUCAGCGCGCGCAUAAGUUUUGAGCAUGCGUACUUAGGGAACAAUGUGAGAGCGCUUGUUUUCUUGACUUUCAUAGGCAAAGUGAACUAACAACAAUAUAUCAAAAUCUACUCAUUAGCAUUAAGACGAAAUUUGGCAGAAUUCUUAUUAAUAUCGUACUUCAAACGAUGGAAGCCCAAAAAUUAUGUCGAACAAAGGAGUUCUGUGACACAAUCAAAGCUCGCACGAUAGAUAUUUUCUUAAAAAUUUCAAAAACUGUUACAAUAGGCUAUUUGCGCAAUGGCGUCAUUUUACUGCUACGACCAGAAUCCUUUGCGUUUUUCCUUUCAUAUUUAAAUUUGGUAAUCCCAGCGAGAUUUAAAUGACAAAAGCCGUAAUUUGCAACAGAAAGGAAAACCCUGAAGGAUUCUGGUCGUAGUAGUAAAUGAUGUUAUCAUGCAAAUGGCCUAUUUAAUCAAGAUGUUUUUAAAAAUGAAGUUUACUAAUUGUAACUCUGUGCAAAUUUAUAAGUAAUUCUAAUGACUGGGUUUUGCGAAAACCUACUAAAUUCAAAAUUUUAGGUUUGUUUUAAAUCAUCUAUGUUGCCUUAGCACGAUCAAAAUCUUACUUUUAACCUAAUAAACGUAAUGUCUUAUGAAUAAACUUUGUCCGUGCCAGAUUUGCGCCUUGUAUACCGGCAACGAGUUUUAAAUAACAUCCUUAUGAAUGGUAACGAUUUACAACCUACAAAACUGUAUUCAGCCACCCUAAAAAUGUCUGGCAUAUAAAUAUCUUAAGUAGAUUUAGUCCAGAAUACCCUCUUCUCGAUCGAAGCAAUUCACAAAAUGCUGGGAUUUUAUGACGACUAGGACCGAUUUUUUUCCUCUUUUAUUUAUCGCACAAUUGGUAAAAUUAAACCCCAAAAUUAAAUUAGGCUCAAAGCUAAGUUAAGGAGAAAAAGUUUUAUUUUACCCAGAGCUUACACAUACUAAAGAUAGCACUGAGUUUUACAUAUUAAGUAAAAGCCACUUUGGUCUUCUAAACCAGCCCAGAUUUAAACUUCUGUUGUUGGAUAAUUUAGUAUUUUUCAAAUUGUUUGUCUCAAACUCAAAGCCCAAAACGAAGACAUGUUUGGCGAUUGUUUUAUGCCACAUUUGUCGAGCCUAAGAGGCUAGAAUCUAGUUUAAAUAUAUUAGAUCUUUUUGUCUUGGGUAGUUUGUUGUUGUUUCUCAACGGAAAUUUUCCUUCGUCUUGAGCAUACGUGAACAGGUUGGAACGCUUUUUUUGUUUUCUUAAUUCGUAUUUUUGCAUGGUGGGCAUAUGGGACGCCCAAAAACGCAUCCUAGGAACUACUUUUGCAUUCUUCAUUCGUUUGAACUCAAACUUUGCAGGAUGGUAGAACUUUGUAUUCCAAACAAUCACAAUGGAUCAUUUGCACUAAGAGAUCAUGUGACAUCGUUUUUAUGAAAAUGAAAGUUAUAUGAUUUUGCCUUCGAAAACGAUAAUCGGGUCAUAUCUUAAACAAAAUGAUAGUGAUUUGGUUUUUCAAACCCGCACCAAAUUUCAAGGAAAAUGUUGAAAAGAUGAUGUGGUAACGUUUACGGCACAUCGGAGCGUAAGUAUCAAACGUUUAACAAGAUAUAAGCAAAAAGUAGUUUUGGACACCAUGUUGGAGGGCAAGAGUAUGCCCUCCAACAUGGCGGCCUAUACAAAUCAUACUACUUUGUUGAAUAAUCAAAGUGCCUUAAAAUAUCUCCCUAAAUGCGUUUCCUCUCAAAUUUCGGGUGUAAGAUAAUAUUUAUUUUUAUGUGCUCUGUCAAUUUUUGGCAUCAGCAAGAUUCCAACUCAUUGUUUAAAGGAAGCAUUGGUCACGUGACCUCUUAGUGCAAGUAGCCUAUUUUUUUGUUUUUCGAUUUUAACGGUUUUUGGCAAGAGAAUUACGUCACAAGAUUGACAGCAAAACUAAAAUUUCAAGAUAUGGCAAAACAAAUAAAUAAUUUCUAAAGAGCACGACACGAUAGAAUAAGGCGUGAAAAAAUGUUUUGAAAAGCUCAACUAGUUAAAGAGUUGGUAAACUUUGAUUAAAUUUUUCGAAUUUCCCUCUAUCUUGUUACUAUUUUUGGAAACAUAAGCACACUUCAAGAUGCCAUAUCUCCCAAAGGAAUUGAGCUUCUCCCAAAAUUUUUUCACAUUUGUUUCUAUCAAGCCACACUCUUUCAAAAUUAAAAACAUACGAUUGUUUGCAAUACAAACUUCUACCAACCUGCAAAAUUUGAGCUCAGUUGAAUAAAAAGAUGCAAACGUAGUUCCCAGGAUGUACUUUUAAGGCGUCCAAUACACCCACCGUGUUGAGCUUUUCCGACUGGUUAACGUAACAAAUAUUGACAGUAUUUCAAACGUACUUCUGUGCUACGUAAACAGAGCGCACAAAAUGAUAGCCGUUUUUAACUGAAGUGGUCACCAUCAAAAUUUGCAUUAUAUUAUUAUUAUUAUUAUUAUUACUAGGACAUAUUAAAUUCUGCAAGCAGAAUACUGCAAUGCUUAUCGUACUACGUGAAAAGCAACACUUCUGCUUGCAGAAUCUAAUAUGUCUACAUUGUUAUUUUUGCUGAUCAUGCCUUUAUAGAUCCUACGUUCUUCGGCAUAUUUGUUUGCGGUCCUUUGCAGUCCUUUAUGGUUAAUGUUUGUAUUAUUAUUAUUAUUAUUAAGAAAUGGUUCAUCUCAUGGUCUAAAAUGGUUUUCAAAAAAAUCACACCAAACAACAAAGCUCUAUUUCCGAUGAUAUAUUUAGCUGGAUUUUUUGAAAAUGUUACGGCAAAAUAGAUCUCUUCCUUCAAGCUGUUUUUUUCUCUAAAGUAAAAACCGAAAAGUAAAAACCGAAAGUGUCAUCUUCUCCUCCUUUCUUCCUUCUCGCUUUCUGUAUUUUUUCCUUUCGUUUUCCUUGGCUAUUGUGAUUUUCAGGCUCGUACUAAAACAACUGCCUUUGGCCCUUUCCACUCUAAUGGCUGCAAAUUUUGGUAGAUACGUUUCCAAAAAUCCGACUAGAUAUAUAUUUAUAUAUAUUCUUGUUUGACCCUUUAUACAGAAAAUUUCUGAAAGUCAAAAAAAUUUGAAAGGUCUCCUGCUAACAGGGAUUUCACUUUGCUUUUUAGGGCCUGCAAGGAACCCGGACUUUACUGGUACGUGUUGCUUAGCGAUCUUACCGCAGCAGAUUUCAGUUUUCUUGAACACUGGGGCAAGGGAAGGGAGGAGGGGGUGGAGGACGUGGUAGCGUUUAAACAAGUUGUGUUACGUAAUUUAGCCAAAUUCAGCCCUUUGGAACUUACUGGCCCUACAGCUGAUUGAACUAUAAAAAUACCAACUUUAUUCCGCGAGCGAAAACUAUCUAUGAAUAAAUUCAUAAGGAAAAUUUUGCUUCUGCUACAUCUUUUAAAACGUAUGUAUCUCUGCUGCUUUAGAGGCGAUUGAAAUAAAAUUUUAUAGAGGUAAUGUUAAAUGAUGGAAGUUUAGGAGGGUUGUUUCUUAUUUGGUAGAUCGCGGUUUUUUAGCAAAAGUUAACGCCAUAUAUCUCUUUAAUAAAAGCGCUCUUUUGGAAUUCGGCUCAAUACAUAACACACUACAGUCUACCCGAAGUUGAGUUUACCCCUCUGCAGUGCCAGCUCGUGAAGUUUUGUAUCUGCGCUAAUUUCUUGGACUCAAUUCAAUUUUAUUCAUACUUUUAUAAAAUAUUUACAUUAUGUAUAGUGAGGUAGGAUACACUAAUAAAGAAGAAGAAGAAGGAAAAAAGAAAAUUAAUGGCUUGGACAGAAGUGUACGGUGGUCAGAGGAGUUAAGCUUUCGAGCUUGUUUACCAUUUACUAAAAGUUUCCGGAAAACCCGGUUGAAACGUGAACGGCACAGGACUUUUUGUGUCGUUCCAGGUGUAAAAUUUCCGGAAGCAAUGGAACUUCUGAAAAGGUAGUCCUUUUUCCCGGAGAGAAUUUUCCAAAAGGAAAUUCGUGUUUCAUUUCUUCAAAGCCAUCUUUGGUACCAGUUUCAGGCCUUCGCUGUCGUUUCUCGGUGUAUGGAACUGAUUUGUACAAAUGGUAAACGCGAUCCUGGGACGAAUCUUACCAGCCAUGAAUUUUACGUACCAUUUACCCAAACCGUCAACCCACCGGUUUGCCCAUGUAAAUGGUAAACAACAAAAAUUGUCGGAGAAGUCAAAUUUUGAGACUCCCAAUGGUGUCCCGAUUAAGGCCCCGUCUACACGUAUCCGGUUUUUCUUUGAAUCCACAACUUUUUCUUUGAGGAUACAAAAAUUUCCACGUCCACACGUAUCCGGAUUCAAAUCGAAUCUGCCUGUCCACACGCACGUAUCCGGAUAUUUUGAAUCCUCAAUUUUUUUCUUUGCUCGGACCGUAUUGAGUAUUCACGGUAAAGAACUGGGCUCGAUCUUGUGACAUCAGUAGGUAAAAAAUAUAUCCGGAUUUAGCUUCCGCACGUUUUUAUCUUUUAUCUUUUAGAUAGGGACUGUUUACAUGGGGUUGGGGGACCACAGAUAGGUGAGGUAACAUGUGGAGGGUCACCCCACCUAUCACGUAAACGUGAUCAAAUUAAAAUGAGAGAUUAUAUGGACAGGCGGGUUACCCCACGUAAGCGGGUUACCUCACCUACCUGGGGUGCCCCACCUCCAUAUAAACAGGCCCUUAAUGGAUUUAUUUAAAGCGUAUGCAGGAAGUACAACGACUGACAUUGACAAGUUUGGGAGACAUUCAUGACUGGAUAAAAUAUGGGGGAGUAAUUUGAAAUGUUCACGUGCAUGUGUGGCAUGGAUACUGCAAGAGCAAAAUGUUUAUUCAAAGUAAAAAAAAAAACCGGGCUUUGAAGGGUAGUAAUCCUUGUUUCAGUGAUUUUUAAAGAAAUGAUAAAAACUAGGAACUCUUUGGAAAUUUCAACGAAAUUAUCACAACCUUUGUAUAUGUUUAUUUUCGGCCACAAAAAUCCUUGGAAAUAUGACCCCUUAUAAACAAACUUCCUUCAACGCAUUGUUCUUUCUGGUCUCAAAACUAAAGAGUAAAAUGUUAUUACCCGUGAUCGAUAAUUACACUAAAUACAUUUCUUGCUUGGCACUCGUGUUUAGUCGGAACACCUUUCUAAGCCUCAAAUUUGACUUCUCCCACAAUUUUGUGUCCAAGCAAGGAAUUCAGCGCAGAUACAGAAAUUCACUAGCUGGCUUUACAAAGGGGUAAACUUGGUAGACCGUAGUGUGUCAUGACAGUAGCUUUUAGGGAAAGAUAAAAGGCAUUAAAGGUACGGCAAAACAGGCAACAAGAAACGUAUGCAACUUGUCUUGAGGUUGUCUUUACACUAGGCUGGUAAGACUUAAGAGAUGCGAAGUUUUACUUAACGAAAAAUGCGUGUGUGAAGGCCUGUGGAGAUAGGUGGCACAGAUAGGUGAGGUAGCAUGUGGUGGGUCACCCCACCCAACAUGUAAAUGCGAUGAAAUUAAAAUGAGAGAUUAUAUGGUCAGGCGGGUUACCCCACCUAAGCGGGUUACCUCAUUGUACCUGGGGUCCCCCAUGAGAAAGUGCUGUCUUCUAUUCGAUCCGCAAGUUGGACACAAAAUCACGUUUUCCCAAUUUGACACCAAUGUGGGUUAAUAAUCGCUUUUCGACUCAGAAGCAGGGUUUUCAGUGUUCUCUUUCCUUUGUGAACUGAAUUUUAAGCUGUAGUUGGUCAAGGCAUACGGUUAUAUUCUCAAAACUUAUAUCAGAACCAGCAUGUUCUUCGCAGGUCGAUUUACAUUGAGCCAGUUCUCACCUCGCGUGAGGAAUGCAACGUAUUGGCGGACCUUUUUUUAAAACUUUAUUUAUGUUUCUCGAGAGAUUUUGUCAACCAGCAUAUUUUUUUGCUGCUCGAUUUACAUUGAGACGGCCCAAAACUCCCGUGAGGAAUGCAACGAAUUUGCGGACCUUUUGUUUUUCAGACUAUCAUUAUGCCUUUCUAGAGACUCUUUGUCCUGUGACACUCGCUCAUUAUAGAUCUUUGUAUUUUAUUCAAGUUUAUAUUUUUAUACCUCUAAUACAUUCCGCCCCAUUCUUGCGCGCUUUUCACACAUUUUAGUUUACACCAAUUUUUUUUCUUAUGUAUAUUACCACGCAAAAUGUUUUUCUUAUCGCUGAUGACGCUGUUGCUCGGAAUUUAACUAUUGUUUUUAAUUUCAGCAGUCAAAGGCCUCAUUUGAACUAUAUUUUCUUUCUAACCUUUAUAGCUUUGAUACAAUGGAAUUUUCCAUAACUUGCUCAUAUUUACCAACAAAGCUUCAAGCCAUGUUGUUAUUGUUUAAUGAAAGUGAAAGCCUAGAAUGUGCCAAAGUUGUUGUUUUGAAGUUGGGUGCCAUCCUUUUCUAUGGCGGAAUCCAUUUUAAACCUCUAAAAUUAUGAAAGAAGAUCUGAAUAGGCACAUUCCACAAAAGAUAAACGAAUUCGCCUCGUUGGCACUUGCCGGAAGGUACCCCUAGUUUAGAGGUGUGUACUACUUGUACUUGCUACUACUACGUGUGAGCAUGUACGAUAUUUUGGAGUUAUCGUUGAUUCACCUCAGAAGAUAUCUUUCACAGGGGUUUUCUUGACGAUCAAGGCUAAGUUUGAAUUCUUACUACAUACAGAACCCGAGAUGAGAUGGGUACCAAAUUCCUCGGUACUACCCAGGUGUUGGAAAAUGCCCGGCCCCUACGGUAGUGAUAAUAUAUCAAAUGCAUUACCCCCAACAUUAAACCGUGAGCAAAUGCCUCAUAAUUUCCGGGCGGGGAAGGGAAGGUGGGCUCUCAGCCUCUGCUGGAAUAGAUUGAUGCAUAAUGAAUGAUAACACUUACUACUGUAGUUAUAUUUCUGUUCACUUACAGUUGGUGGGCGAUGUUCUCACACCUGGGCUGGUCCCUGCUUGGCCGUUCAGAAGAAUCUGGCCCCAUGAUAUCUGUGGAUCCCUUGUCGGUCUUACUUGCCCAAAUUUUCUACGCUGCUUUUCUUAUAAUGGGAGUAGUUCUUCUCAUUAACAUGCUGAUAGCUUUGCUGUCCAGUACAUAUCAGAAAACAGAGGUAAAUACUUAGCUUAUUAUUGUUUUUACGUUCGUGCGCAAGGUGUGGAUCAGUUUAUUUCUAGUGGUUUGUAAAAGUAAUCUUAAAAGAUCAUUUAGUGAUCUGAUCAUUUAGUUUUACCCCUUGUUACUCUCACUUACAAGAUCAGUAAGACUUAUUUUCACUGUUUAAAGUGAAAAAAGGACGAAAAUUUCAGGUCAUUGGACUCAUCACUAAAAAUCUAUAUCGACUGCACCAACGAGGUAUAGGGUGCAGAAUAACCUAUUUUUGUGGUAUUUUAAAAGCACUGUAAAACAGUAAAUGAAAACAAUAAAACCAUUUUUGAGUACUGGUAAAGGGAUGUACCGGUUAAAACCAGUACAUCAAUGCGUCGUCCUAACACUAUAUAGCAGCUCACUUCAAGUUGCAAUAAACAAGGGUUUCUCCUGCUUCAUUUACAUUGUUAGGCUGCCAAAUACAAAUGUAUCCCUAGAAUUUACAGUAAAGUUAAGAACCUUCUAUGCCAAAAUCUAGCCUUAUUUACUUAAUAUAAUUAUUCAUUCAAAACAUUUCUUCAUUUCUGGUUAGCUUAAAUCCCCCGGCUAAUUUUUCAUACCCAGCUACCGUUGACCAAAUUUGGAGGAUGUUUGCUGGCGGAUAUUAUGAAAAGGUCAGCACUCGUUAACAUCCGUCGAAGGGCCCUUCAGUCUUCGGUCGGAUUUCGUAAACGUAUGACGUCACGCUCGCCUCGUGGUAUAUCACGUAUGCUUUUGCUUCGAUCGUCCACUCUGAUUUGUCUGAUGAUCUGACAUUUGGUUCGAGGUCUUGCCUUGCUUUUUCGAUGAUUCCUCGAUUGAUUCAAACAAGAAUAUGCCACUGUCUCCGUUAAAGAUGUUUUGAAGUUUCAAGCCUCUUCUUUCUCCGUGGGGUAUUAAAAGGACCUGUCAGUAGAUGUUACUGAAUAACAUGCUUUGAAUGGCCCCAGAUCACCAGGCUAGGUGACAAUUAUACAUUAUCACUUUCCUUAUUGAAUACAUGUACAGUGUAGACUCAGUGUAAAAAUCGCCAUACUUACAUUUCACAUUUGAGGAGAAGGAUCAAUAUUGUUAUUUAUUUAAUAACAUUUAUUUAUUUGUUUAGGCUUAUUUAUUUUAUACUUUGUAAUAUAAUUUAAUUAAGGUUGCAAAUGAAAGUGCACUUUGGUUGGAAGCCACUAAUACUUUGAAGUCUUCAUCUAUAUGAUAUCUACAAGUUAUUUCUUGGGAAAGGUUGCCCAUCAGGUCAAUGGAUUUGUUCUAGAUUUUUAAAUCGUUUUCUUUAACAGUACAUUAAAAUGAAUGAAUGCUGGAAUCAAUUUUUAAUUCAACUUAAGUACCCCUCAGAGUUUUGACUGAGCCUCUUGCUGUUUCGUCAAAAAUGUCUUUUAAAAACUGAAAGGGGAGGGUCCAGAGAAUUUGGAAAUGGUAUAUUGCCAUCUGCAUUAGCCCUUCCCUCUCUGUAAAUAAUCCCCACUCCCUGAUUUCUUUAGGUUUGUUUAUGAGUAUUAGUUUAUAAGUGCACAUUAAAGCCUCUUCUGCUGUUCCUUCAACUUCUUUCGCAGUAAAGCCAUGUCAUUCUAGAAAGGAAGAAAAUGCUUUUUCAGACGAUUAAGUAGAGCAGAUGCCAUUUAAUUUCAUGAAGCAAAAACAAACAUGGUAAAGCAAUUAUUCAACAGUAAGAUUGUUUAUCCUUGGUUGAUCAUAAAUAACCGUCCCUUCCGUUUUCUAUGUGCAUUACUGACUGUGUGAUUUGACUGGUGGAUUGAUUUUUGGAGCACUCUCAAUUCUCCUUUUUCCCUCUAUGUGUUAAUUUGUUUUCUUAUUCGGUACCAAAGUGUGGACCCAAUUACUCUGGAAUUAUACUGCUUGUGAAAGGCAUCUGUUCAGCCGAAGUGCCCCAUGUGGCUGGAGAGAGGAGUAUUUGCUAGCUAUGAUCUAUCACGUACCUCUAUAUGGAUGUUAGUUACCAACAAAAGAUGUCUUUACUAACAGUAGUUUGUAAAUGCAGAUUUUUAACAUAGAAAUUGUUGUGAAUCCAGAUUAGUGUCUGUUAGUAAGAGGGGCAUGUAAGCUGAAAGGAGGUGUCUUUAACAGAGUUUCUGUACAGUACCUGAUGGAAAUUGGGAUUUUUUUCUCCUGCUCAAGUUCAUUGUUGCAAACUAAAUGUCAUGUACUAAUGUUAAUGUUACUAUUCACAACAGUAGUUUAACAACAUGAGUGAUGUUCAGAAUACUAAAAGUUUAAAAUAUUACUUUGUCAAACAAUGCAAAUUAUAAUCAUUUCUAUUACAUUAUUAUUGAUCACUAAUUAUAGUCAUUGCUAUUACAAAUUUUGGCAAUACUAUGCAAAAUAUGCUUACCGUGCAGAGAAACUCAGCCUCAGUCAUAGUUGGUUUCUUGAAAGAGAAUUGCCUUUAAUGUAGAUAGCAGGGGUCCUUUGCCCGCACCCCUCUUCUCUACCACCACCGCAGCCAUUUUUCUUAACCCAAAAUUGGUCAACUGGAAAUGUUAAGAUUUUAUUGAACACCAGUUGUAGCAUCCAGGGCGUUCCUUUUUUUGGCCCCCGAUAUGACUCAAGAAGCACCAUACGCCGUAUUCACAAAUGGCGGACACGCGGGAAAAAACUGGUGCCUAGUCAUGAAAGCGAGGCGUUGGAGGAUAAACAAAAAUUGACAAUGAAGACUUUCAGUGAACUUGUAGAGUGUUUAGCACGGAUUCCACCUAAAAUAUCUUUGUACAGACUUCUAUUUAGAUACAAUUACGUGGGAUGUCUUCUGCUUUUAAUGUUUAGUAUUGAUUUGCUGUUUGCAAUCAGAAGGGACGUGUAUAUCUUCAAGGAAACAGGAUGAUUUUGUAGGUUUCCGAAGCAUCAGAAGCUCGACAAAAGGGCGAUGGCUGGAGAAAAGCGGCAAACAUGUUGGCCCAAACAUUGAAACCGAGUACGAAAGCCAGCUCACUGCAAUUCGGUAAAACAGAAAUAUAAACAAUGCAAAUCUUGGUGGCAAAAAAAAAAAAGAAAUAAGCGACGGAUAUGUGGCCUACUUCUUAACGCAAGAGACGUCUCUGCGGCCAUUGAACAAAACAGUUCCAGUCGAGAUGGAAAAAAGAAAGUCAGGAAAGAAGCGGUAACUGAGGUUUCGAUGAAGUUAUGUUUGGUUUUGGUUGACAGGACGUUAUUCUCUCGUCUUUAUUGAUGAAGGACAUCAAUUACAAUGUGGCCGGAUUACCGAGUCUGCCGAGUAACAAGUUGAAAUUUUGAGCGCAUUCAACUCAAUGGCUCCUGCAUUUAUACUAAAAAAAAUAGUUCUAAUUGAUGUCCCUCAUCACUAAAGACCAGAGAAUAACGUCCUGGCAAACCAAAACCAAACAUAUAAACUUCAUCGAAACCUCAGUCACCGCUAAUAUCAUUUCAGCGAGUAAUUUUCGUAUUUCUUAUCUUUGGCUGUUAAGAGUUUUAACUUUAUGUUCCAUAAUAUUUUAAAAGUGAAGAAUACAUUAAUAAGUAACAUGAUGGUCUUCUUAAACGGAUCCACACUCGAAUUUAAUAGAUUCGAAACAGAAGCUUGCCGUGUUCAGUCCUGACACAAACAUUGCCUUAAAAGUUUAAUCUAGUAAAAUGUGAGCUUUAUACCACUUUUUAUCAAGAGCUCUCCGAGAUAAUGCCCUAAUAGCAAGCCAUAAGAUUUACACUACAGCUUCUAAUUUCGAUAAAACUAUUUUAUUUCGCAAUGACAAAGAAAUCAAUAGAUUUUUGCUAAGCUCUGCCAACGUACCUCUAACAAUUCAUGCACUCCAAAGCGACGGAAUUCAGUAACGUCAUCUAAAGGAAGUUGUAAAUACAGACAUACAUAGAUAUGUAUAAAAUGACACUGACAUGAAUGAAUGAUCGAGUCUUGUGAAUGAACCUUUACCCGCUCUCGACUUGACCUGUUUUGUUUAAUGGCGGAGGUCUCUUCCAUUGACAAGUAGGCCAUAUAUCCGUCGCUUAUUAUUUUUUUUUUCUUGCCACCAAUAUCUGUUUUCAUUUCUGUCUUACAGAAUUGCAGUGAUUUGGCUUUCGUAUUUGCGGUUUCAGAGUGAAGUUUGGGCCAACAUGUUUGCCGCUUUUCACCAGCCAUCGCUCACUUGUCUAGCUUCUGAGGCUUUGGAAACCUACAAAUUCGUCCUGUUUCCUUGAAGAUCUACGCGUCCCUUUUGAUUGCAAACAGCAAAUCAGUACUAAACAUUAAAAGCAGAAGACGCCCCACGUAACUGUAUUUAAAAAGACGUCCGUGCAAAGUUAUUUUAGGUGGAAUCCGUGCUAAACACUCUGCAAGUUUACUAAAAGUCUUCAUUUGCAAUUUUUGUUUAUCCUCCAACGCCUCGCUUUCAUGACUAGGCACCAGUUUUUUCCCGCGUGUCCGCCAUUUGUGAAUACGGUGUAUGAAGCAGGAUCAUUUUAGCCUUUCUUUGAACAACUGCUCACUUAUGCAUUCCCAACUGUCGAUUACUGAUUCUAUGGACACUGUUAAGAUCUCACAGAGGUUUGCUUGUGCCAAUGAACAAAGCAAAUGACAUUUUGGGAAACUGAAGUAGGGCUAUGCGCUUGGCUUGGUGUAUGAUGUGCCCCCACCCUCAUCCCCUUUCCCCUGAGUUUCAAAACGCACCGCUGUUUUUCUAAGGCUUCCAGACUUCCAGUGCUUUAACCCUGGGGUGAGACUUCCAUGUGAAAGGGGCAGGAAUACCGAGACUUUGAUUGGUACAGGUUAUUAUUAAGUUUUGCUUCCUAAGUAACUAAGGUAAGAUUGGGUCAAUGGUCCACUUUGUAUACAAUAAUAUAGCUACUUCUCACCUGUGCCUCCAAAGCCUUUGCUUGCCUUGUAGCAGGAAAAUUUUACAGUAUUUCAAGUCUCCUAAUCGUUGAUUAGCCUCUGGGCUUGUUCAGCGGAUGAAACAGAAUAUAAAUGAUCCCGUGCGGGUGGGGGGUACUCCCUUUAAGGUCCUAUGCGGCGAAGCUCCGCCCGAAAGGGGUACUUUUUUCAGGCUUCAGGUAUAAUGAAAGGGUAGGAAUUUUACUCACUGAAGUAUUUAAAAGGGUAGGGAAAUCUGUCAUUUGGGUCUUUGAAAUGGCCCAAAGGGCUGAAAAGAUGAAUUUUGACUUUAUAAAGUCGAGAAACAUUCUAUUUUUGUGAUUGAUUCCUAUUUAAAUGACAAUGCUUUGGAUGGAAAGUUCUAAACUAGGUAUUUAAAAGGGGUACCAUAUUUGUCAACGGAACUUAUACAAAAUUAAAGGGAUACCUUUUUCGUGAAAAAUGGUAUA